AUGGCUUCAUACAUAGCGUCAAACGUUAACUCAUCCACCAUUGCCAAGGGCAUGAGCGGAGACACUGCGGGUUUCUACGGCAGCAGCACAACCGCAAUGGUGCCGCCUCCAGUAGUGAUUGCGUCCAAGACAAAUCAUCCAAAGAAUCAGCAAUAUCAAUCUACAUUUCAGGCAGACGAAAGAGGAAUCACACACCCCAGACGUUCAGCCAGCAAACGCGACAGAGACAACGGAAUCGAACAACCCUCAGCAAUAGACCAGUCCGCCACUGCAGCAAAUAACAGUGCAGAUUCUGCGGUCACACCCAAGUCGGCGCACGGCGUCACGUCAUAUGCAUCUAAUAAGAAAAAGAAGGUGACGUAUGCCCUGCCAAAUCAGAGUCGUGAGGAGGGUCACUUCUACGUUGUGUUGGGAGAAGAUAUCGAUGCAUCAACGGGUCGCUUUAAAAUACUAUCGCUGCUCGGUGAGGGUACAUUCGGGAAAGUUGUGGAGGCAUGGGACCGGAAGCGGAAAGAGUAUUGUGCGGUAAAAAUAGUACGUAAUGUGCCAAAAUACACUCGCGAUGCGAAAAUUGAAAUUCAGUUCAUGGAACGUGUUCGACUCUCCGAUGUGGAGGACCGUUUCCCUUUAAUGAAAAUCCAGCGUUACUUCCAGAAUGAAACGGGUCAUAUGUGUAUUGUGAUGCCCAAGUACGGACCAUGCUUAUUAGAUUGGAUAAUGAAACAUGGUCCUUUCAAUCAUCGCCAUUUGGCACAGAUUAUCUUCCAAGUUGGUGCGGCACUGGAUUACUUCCACACGGAACUUCAUCUCAUGCAUACGGACCUGAAGCCGGAGAAUAUUCUAAUGGAAUCUGGUGAUACUUCGGUAGACCCAAUGACACACAGAGCGUUACCCCCUGAACCAUGCCGUGUGCGCAUUUGUGAUCUCGGCGGUUGUUGUGACGAGCGCCAUAGCCGCACAGCAAUUGUGUCAACACGUCACUACCGCAGUCCUGAAGUUGUGUUGAGCCUUGGAUGGAUGUAUUCAACAGAUCUGUGGUCGAUGGGAUGUAUCAUUUAUGAACUUUAUACUGGGAAACUGUUGUAUGAUACUCAUGACAAUUUGGAGCACCUGCACUUAAUGGAGAAGACGCUUGGACGCCUUCCUGCCGACUGGUCUGUGCGGUGUGGCACGCAAGAGGCUCGUGACCUCUUUACUGCUGCAGGUACAUUACAACCAUGCAAAGAUCCCAAACAUAUCGCUCGCAUUGCACGUGCCCGCCCCGUGCGGGAAGUUAUUACUGAACCACUUUUGUGUGACCUCAUUCUAAACUUGCUGCAUUAUGACCGUCAGAGGCGUCUGAAUGCUCGACAAAUGAUGAGUCACGCGUAUGUGCAUAAAUACUUUCCCGAGUGCCGCCAGCAUCCCAACCACGUGGACAACCGCUCUAAACUCCCCCCAACACCUGUCAUGUAA